GUAGUGGUUCCAAUCAACCAUAGGUCCUCUUUACUACCAUGGUGGACCUUAAUUUGUUAUUGUAGCAGAGCAGCUGUGCGGCAUGCUGCAGAUAGCAGGUGGCAGCCUGGCAGGAGUGGAGGAUGGGGGAGCUGGAGGGCUGAGGGGAGGGAGGACAGGAGCAUGUGGCAUAUGUGGGUGGCUCUAGGAGGGGAGGAUGGAGAGGUGACGUGUCUGUGUGUGUGUGUAUGUGUGUGUGAAAAAGACAACUCACAGCCUUCUUUGCCAGCAUCCAAAUAUUAUGCUUGCAAGAGAAAAAGAAGGACACGUGAGCGUCUGGAUGCGCUCCAGAACCACUGUGCUGACUGCUCUUGUUUUUAAUGUUUUAUUGUGCAAGUUCUGCAAAAUAAAACCAGGACAGUUUUUCUACAAAACCAAAUAAAAUACCCUAAACGCACCACCGAUGCUCCCUCCUCACUGGCAUCACCUUCUGGAGCCAUUUAAAAAAAAAAAGAAAGAAAUGAGAUCAUCGCAGCAACAUGUUAUGAUCAUAAACGCCUUUGCUGUGGACAGACUGACAUGAGGAUGAGCUGAGCCGGUGUUCCCAGUGCGCUGGGAUUUAAUCAUUACUGAGUCACCGUUCCGUUGCUGGAAGUUCACUGGCCGCUCGAGCCUGUCUCCGUCGCGCUUGAGAAAACCCGUCUGGUAAUCGGAGGAGAGUCGCUGUUUCGCUCCCACAGCUUGUGUCUCCGUGCGUCUGGAUGGGAGACGGGGUUUCGCAGGCGCUUUACUGCGGGGAAUGAGCUUGAUGAGAGUAACCACAACCAUUCUGGCCAGAAAAGCGAGCACUUUUGAAGACAUGGUUGGAAUGCCAAGUGUCACAACUCACAGUAGAGAGAAGAAGAGCCCUGCCAUGCCCGGGUCGCCUGUGGAUGCUAAGACUCAUUCCAGAUCAGCCCCCAGCAGCAGCUCCACGAUGCCACCCCUGCCCUCCGUCAACCCCAGUGGCCCUCGCCCGGCCUCAUUUUCCACAACAACAUUGACCAACGGGAACCAUCAUUCCCCGCCAACCCUGAACGCAGUGCCGUCUCCGCCACAGCGCUACAGCAACGGACCUUCCUCCUCUUCGUCGUCUUCGCUGGCGAACCAGCAGCUGCCGGCCACCUGUGGGGCUCGCCAGCUGAGCAAGCUGAAGCGCUUCCUGACAACGCUGCAGCAGUUUGGCAACGACAUUUCCCCUGAGAUUGGAGACAGCGUCAGAAGCCUCGUGUUGGCCCUUGUGAAUUCCACAGUAACCAUUGAGGAGUUUCAUUCGCGGCUUCAGGAGGCCACCAACUUUCCCUUAAGGCCUUUUGUUAUUCCUUUUCUCAAGGCGAACCUCCCCCUGCUGCAGAGGGAGCUGCUCCACUGUGCACGGGCAGCCAAGCAGACCCCUGCGCAGUACCUGUCCCAGCACGAGCACCUCCUGCUCAGCACAACCCUGGCCUCCUCCCCCGACUCGUCUGAGCUGCUGAUGGAGCCUCCGGAGACGGCGACCAAGAGACACAGCCCCAGCAGGCCCAAAGAGAACGGCUUCCACGAGCGCCCGCCCAUUGCCCUGGAGCCUGCAGCAAAGCGGAUUUGCACCAUCAGCCCCGCUCCCCGACACAGCCCGGCCCACCCGCUGCCCCUAACGGCCCAGCUUCACCCCACCCCGCCGCCCCUGCAGCACUACACCCUGGACGACAUCGCCGCGCCGCACAUCCUGCACCGCGAGCACAGCCAGCGGGUGCUGGAGAUCCGCGAGCUGAAGGACAGGCCCCGCCUCCCAGGCUCUAACGGUGGCUACCGUGAGGAGCCGGUGGACCACAGACUGACAGACAGGGAGUGGGCUGAUGAAUGGAGACAUCUGGACCAUGUGCUGAACUGUAUAGUGGACAUGGUGGAAAAGACACGGCGGUCAGUGAGCGUGCUCAGACGAUGCCAGGAGGCGGAUCGGGAGGAGCUGAACUACUGGAGGCGCCGCUCAAACGAGCAGGAGGACCCUCGCAAAGGAGGAUCGGGCUCUGCCCCCUUCUCCAAGACGCACAGCCCCCACUCUGCAGAAUCUGACUCGCAGAGAGAUUUUGCCCCGCGGCCCGGCUCAGCCUACGUUACAGAUGAGAUCUGGAGGAAAGCUGAGGAAGCGGUGAACGAGGUUAAACGUCAAGCCAUGGACGAGGUCCAGAAGGCCGUGGCUGAGGCUGAGCAGAAGGCCUUUGAGAUGAUCGCCGCCGAGAGGGCGAAGAUGGAGAAGACUCUCGCCGAGGAAAAGCGGAAGGCGCAAGAGGACGCCAUCAUGGUCAUCAACGAGCAAGAAGAUUCCAGCGAGUGUUGCUGGAAUUGUGGCCGCAAAGCCAGCGAGACGUGCAGCGGCUGCAACGCCGCCCGCUACUGCGGGUCCUUCUGCCAGCACAAAGACUGGGAAAGACAUCACCUCAUCUGCAGCCCGGGACUUCAAGCCCAGCCCAAACCCGUCUCCGCCAUCACCGCAAACAGGGCAGCUGCCAUGGCGACGGCGGCAGCUCCCGGAAUGUGUCCCGUCGGCGGGCCCAAAGCCUCCGACAGUGCGCCUCCCGCCUCCAGCCCCGCCGGAGAGAACAAUCCCGCCGCUUCCCGCUCCUCCACCCCCUCCACCCCCGCAUCCGUCCCCGAGACCAACGGACACUAGGAGGCGGAGCGCUCCACCUAUUCUCUUUGUUCACGGACGGAGCUGAAAAAAGCGCCAAGGAGGAAACCAUUUGCGGGCUAAGUUAAGAUAACAGACUUUUCAUCGUAUUCCUUGGCAAACAAAUAAGUACAGAUUACAGAUGACUGUUUUGAGUCAUGCGUCAACAGGGAUUUGGCUUUGGCAGAAAACAAAGUCUCAGUUUGCACACGUCCACGGCACGAACAGAUCUCCGUGACAGAUGGGAAAGUGCUUCUAAACAUCCAAAACCCGAAAAUGUUUGAUCUGCGAGAGCUGGGAAGAAAAAUCAAGACCGAUCCCAGUUUAUUUGUGGGGAGAAAAAAAACAAAAAACGAAGGCAUCAAACUCCUCCGGUCGCCACCCACGGAGACAGAUCUUCAACUUUUUCUGUGGAAUAAGGGAGUCUGGUGUUGGUAAAUGUAAAAAAAAGGAUACCAACACCGGCCCCAAAGAGUCUUCGUCGUGCAAAAAUGUAGAUGUGAAGUUGUGAAAAGCGUCUUUUUCGUUUUCAGAGCAAUAUUUAAAUUCAGUGUUUGUCACACCAAAGUUUUCAAUCAUUAAAGACGUCUUCAGCAUCUGUCUUUGUGAAGAAGAGUUUGACUUUGUUGCUAUCAAGUGUCAUUUCCGAUAAUCAUCACUUCAGCCCAAGAUCGAUGGAUGAACGUAAAUGCAUCAACAGUUCGUCAGGGUCCCAUAACAAAAAUAAAAAUCGUUUUUGGGUUUGUUGAAAUCUGUUUUACUGCAAAUGAUCCAGGGGGAGAGUUUAGUGAAAGGUAGGGAGCCAGGACUCUGUCUCACAGAGAAUCUCAGGAGCUAAGCUGUAUUUGUAUGUACAGAUCUUUGUUUUUUUUUGUUUUUUUUUUUGUUUUUUUUUUUUUAUUGUUUUGUCACAGCUAAAAAGUUUUAGUGAGGAACUUGGAUUUAUUGUACUCUGCUGUUGCAACUCAGAACUUCUGUGUUGUAAGAAGACUUUGUAAAAAAACAAAAACAAAACAACAAAUAUUAUGAGAGAAUACCUUUAUUUUGUGAGCCACGUUUUUCUCCUUCAUCCUUUAGACAUGUUCUUUUGUUCCGAGGCAUAGCUUUGUAUGAAAAACAUAUCUUAACAUGAAGUAUGAAAUAAAGAAGUUAAAUGACUUCAA